AUGCCAAGUGUUAAGGUGUGGGAAGAGCUCUUCUCCCUGAUGAAGAUUGCAUUGCCAGUGGCGCUGACGACGUUGCUGGUAUUUUCCAAGGGUAUCAUAUCCAUGCUCUUCUUGGGCCGCAUGGGCAAGACUGAACUUGCCGGAGGCUCCCUCGCCAUCGGCUUCGCCAACGUCACCGGCUUCUCCGUCAUGAAAGGCCUCUGCAUGGGGAUGGAACCCAUCUGCUCCCAAGCCUACGGCGCCAAGCGAUUGUCCGUCCUCUCCCACACCUACAUCAAAACCUUCCUCCUCCUCUUCUUCGCCUCCAUUCCCAUCACCUUUCUCUGGCUCAACGUCGAACCUGUCCUCCUCCGCCUCGGCCAGGACCGCGUCAUCUUGCGAGUUGCCAAGGCUUACCUCGUCUACUCCAUCCCCGAGUUGAUUGCCCACGCUCACAUCACCCCCUUGCGCUCCUUCUUGAGGACCCAGGGCCUCAACUCCCCCGCCACCGUUGUCGCCACUUGCUCCACCCUCCUCCACCUCCCCAUCACCUACCUCCUUGUAUCCCACCUCAACCUCCGGGUCAAGGGCCUUGCCUUGGCUUCCGUCUUCUACACCCUCAACAUGAAUAUCGGCUUGCUCCUCUAUCUCGUUUUCUCCAAAGUCGCCAUCAAGCCCUGGGUCGGGGCAACCCUCUUCUCCGUCCUCCAAGGCUGGGGGCCCUUGCUCAGCCUCGCCAUCCCCAGCCUCUUCUCCGUGUGCUUGGAGUGGUGGUGGUACGAGAUCAUCCUUUUUAUGAGCGGCCUGUUGAGCAACCCGGAGGCCUGCGUCGCCGCCAUGGGCAUCCUCAUCCAGACCACCGGUACCAUCUACGUCUUCCCCUUUUCCCUCGGCUUGAGCAUCUCCCAGCGCGUCGGCCACGAACUGGGGGCCGGUCAGCCCGCCAGAGCCAGAUUUGCCUCCCUCCUCGGUCUCUGCGUCGGACUCGCUUAUGGGACGUUAGCCUUCGGCUUGAGUGUGGCCCUGAGGUCUGUUUGGGGAAAGCUGUACACCAGCGACCCCCAGGUUCUGGGCUUAAUUGCUGGUGUCCUCCCCAUUUUGGGGUUGGCUGAGGUGGGCAAUUCUUCUCAGACCGCUGCCUGCGGUGCCCUCACUGGCUCUGCACGCCCUAGGGUCGGCGUCCGCAUAAACCUUGCCGCCUUUUACCUGGUGGGGAUACCCUGCUCGGUAGUAUUUGCAUUCAAGCUCAACAUAGGUUUCCGGGGGCUGUGGCUGGGUCUGAUUGCAUCCCAGGCUGCAUGCUUGAGCCUCAUGGUUUACACCUUGGUCCAAACUGACUGGAAGCACCAGGCCAAGAGGGCUGAGCAGUUGACGCUAGCCGCCCACGGGGACAACGAUGAUGGGGACGGAGGAUCCAACCUUAUUCCUUGA